AUGUGCCACAAUCCAUACGAUACAACGACAGGAUAUGCUGCCGAUAGCUAUGCAAGGGUCAAAGGCAUUGGUGCCAUGGUCACAACAGGAGGAGUGGGCGAGCUCUCUUCCAUUAACACGCACGCUGGUGCAUACUCGGAACACAUCACCAUGGUGCAUAUAGUUGGAAGUCCUGCUCUGUCCAUUAGGGGUAACAGGAAGUUCAACAUGCAUCGUACACUCGGCAACGACGACUACGAUGUUUUCAAGAACAUGUUCAAAGCGGUAUCUGGUGACCAGGUGACUUUGAACGAUGCAUCGCGCACACCCGAGCAGAUCGAUCACGUUUUGAAGAUCUGUUGGGUGUCUAAUCGACCUGUUGACAUUGACAUACCAGCCGAUAUGGCGAAUAAAGUCGUCGACAGGUCCAAGCUGUCCUCGCAUUUAGAUCUGAGUUAUCCGGUUAGCGAUAAAAACCAGGAGACGAAAGCUCUCGGAGCCUUUGUCAAGCCUCGUUGA